CUUCGUGAUGCUGGUUAUCCAAAUGGCGAAGGGUUUCUCACGCCAUAUAGAGGUCAACGGUAUCAUCUGAGCGAGUGAAGGCAAAAUAGGGAGCCACAAACUCCGCAAGAAUUCUACAAUUAUAAACAUUCAUCUGCACGAAAUGUCAUUGAAAGAUGUUUUGGAUUACUAAAAGGGCGAUGGGCAAUACUUAGAGGAAAGUCUUAUUAUCCUUUGAAGGUUGCAUGUAGAAUCAUAUCAGCAUGUGCUCUUCUUCACAAUCAUAUUCGUAGGGAGAUGCCAAUUGAUCCAUAUGCGAAUGAGCUUGGUGAAAUUGACCCAACUAAUGAAAUACAAGGAGACAACAUAACAUAUAUUGAAACUUCCGAUACUUAGAAUACCCGGCGAGAUGAUUUAGCAUUACAAAUGUGGAAUGAAUGGAGGGGUUAAAUGUACUCUUUAGUAUUAGAUGUCAGAAUAAAGAUGUUAGAAUAAAUACAAGGAUGGAGGAAGUGUCAUCACAACAAACAUCAAAAGCAAAAAACAAAAGAAUUAAGCACCAAUGGACUAAGCACGAGGACGAAAAACUGAUUGAGUGCUUACUAGCUCUUAGUAAUUCGGGACAAUGGAGGGCUGACAAUGGAACAUUUAGAAAUGGUUAUCUACAACAAUUGGAAAGAUAUCAUGAGAAGAUUCCAGAUUGUGAGCUUAAAGGAGUACCUCAUAUUGAAUCUCGAUUUAAGUUAUGGAAGAGACAAUACAAUGCAAUUUUUGAGAUGCUUGGACCGAGCGCAAGUGGUUUUGGCUGGAGCGAUAAGAACAAAUGUGUUGAAUGUGACAAGAAUGUUUAUGAUAACUGGGUUAAGAGUCAUCCAAAUGCCGUUGGGUUGAGAGGCAAGUCUUUUCCCUAUUUUGAGGAGUUAUCGAUAGUGUUUGGAAAGGAUCGAGCAACCGGUAUUGCAGCAGAAUCUCCUGCAGAUGCUGUCGCAAAUAUUGAAGGCGAAGAAACCAAUCAAAGAGCAUCUGCUCAAAAUCCUGAUGAGGAGAUGGCAAUUGCAGAUGAAAGCAGCGGUUUAGGGCCAACCAAUUCGAGUGCUGGUCAGUCAAGAAAAACAAGAAAAAGAAGAUCCUCAGUUACAGAUGACUCGAUCAAUGAAUCUUUUAAUGCAACGUUACGUUCCAUUGAGAGCAUGUUUGGAAAUGCUAGCGAAAGUAUCUCUAAAUUAAUCUCUAAAUUAGCUGGUUGUUUUCAAUUUAUGGCAACUGAUGCAAUUCGAAAGGAAAAGUUGUUUGAAGAGCUUUUGAAGGUUGAGGGACUCGUCGAUAAGGAUCGUAUGAUUGCUUACGAUAUCUUAAUAUCUGAUACAACCAAACUAACUGGAUUUUACGGAAUUCCUGCAGAGUUUAGAAAGGACUAUAUUGAGUAUGUUCUAACUGCACGUAAAUGAAGUUGUUUUAUAUUUUGCAAUAACUAGAGGAUAUUAAACUUUGGUAUUUUGUUUAUAUUUUCAAUGUCUAUGAAGUGUUGAACUUUUUUGUUAUUUACUUUCUAUGAUAGAUGUUGCUUUCUUGUUUGGACUUGUUAUGGAUAUUUGAUGUUGCUUAAAAAUUUUUAUUUUUUUGUCUUUAUUGA